UUAAAUGCAAGAGGCAACAGAGCUGGGAGCCUGGAAGUAGGCUGUCUCUGACAUUAAGUACCUCCCUCUUUCUGGCAUUACCUGCUGCUGCCACAAAGUGAACUGAUCACUGGGAAAGGCAGAGCCUCCCUGCCAUUGCUGGGACCCUGCCUUGAAGAGCCCCCUGCCCUGUAAACACAGCCUUUAGUCUGUCUUCUUACUUAGUGACGGAGGCUGUUUGAUCAGUCCUCUGCUGUGCCUUGUCUGAGGUCCUUGUCCAUCCUUGAGAUUGGACACCUUCUCUCUCUAGGUUGUGUCACCUUAAGCAGGAAACUGAAGCCGUUACUCUCCAAACCCUGUUUCAUCUUCCCAAGCAUGUCAGAAAGCUGGCAGCAGCCCCCACAGACGCAACCUCAGCAGCCCCAGCCACCGCAGCCUCAGCACCAUGCGGAGCCACCACCAGCGCUGGCUGACCACACGCUGUCCCCUGGUACAGCUGAGAACCCCCUGGGCUGUGCUGUCUAUGGCAUCCUCCUGCAGCCAGAUCCCGGCCUACAGCCUCCUCAACAUGCACCCUCGCUUCAGGCAGCAGGGGAGCCAGGCCCUAAAUGUGGGGUGUGUGGUCAUGACCUGGCACACCUGUCCAGCCCCCACGAGCACCAGUGUCUAGUGGGCCACGACAGGUCAUUCCAGUGCACACAGUGUCUCAAGAUCUUCCACCAAGCCACUGACCUGCUGGAGCACCAAUGUGUGCAGGCUGAGCAGAAGCCUUUCGUUUGUGGAGUCUGCAAGAUGGGUUUCUCAUUGCUCACCUCGCUGGCUCAGCACCACAGUGCCCACACUGGCCUGGUGAAGUGCUCCAUCUGUGAGAAGACCUACAAGCCGGCCGAGUCAGCUGAGCCAGCUGCUAGUACGGGGACCCCAUCGCUCCAGGUGGCACCCCCUCCUCCUCCAGCUGGGACUGCUGCAGAACAGCCUGAAAAGCCCUACAGCUGCCCCAUCUGCCAGAAGCCCUUCAAGCACCUGUCAGAGCUCUCUCGGCAUGAGCGGAUCCACACUGGGGAGAAGCCGUACAAGUGCACGCUGUGUGACAAGAGCUUCAGCCAGUCAUCCCACCUGGUGCACCACAAGCGCACACACAGCUCAGAGCGGCCCUACAAGUGUGCCGUCUGUGAGAAGACCUUCAAGCACCGCUCACACCUGGUGCGCCACAUGUAUGCGCACUCCGGUGAACACCACCUGUUCCGCUGCAACGUGUGCGAGUUGCACUUCAAGGAAUCCUCAGAGCUGCUGCAGCACCCUUGCACCCCGAGUGGCGAACGGCCCUUCCGCUGUGGUGAAUGCCAGAAAGCAUUCAAGCGGCCUUCUGACCUGCGGCAGCACGAGCGCACACAUAGUGCCGAGCGGCCCUUCAAAUGCGACCUGUGCCCCAUGGGCUUCAAGCAGCAGUAUGCACUCAUGCGGCACCGGCGCACGCACAAGACUGAGGAGCCCUUCAAAUGUGGCCUGUGUGAGAAGGGCUUUGGGCAGCCCAGCCAUCUGCUUUACCACCAGCAUGUGCACACCCUUGAGACUCUCUUCAAGUGCCCCGUAUGCCAGAAGGGCUUUGACCAGUCAGCCGAACUGCUGCGGCACAAGUGUCUGCCAGGCUCCACUGAGCGGCCCUUCAAAUGCCCAGUGUGCAACAAGGCCUACAAGCGGGCAUCGGCCCUGCAGAAGCACCAGCUAACGCACUGUGCAGCAGCUGAGAAGCCCCUGCGCUGCACCCUGUGUGAGCGCCGCUUCUUCUCUUCCUCUGAGUUUGUGCAGCACCGCUGCGACCCAGCACGCGAAAAGCCGCUCAAGUGCCCAGACUGCGAGAAGCGCUUCAAGUACGCAUCAGACCUGCAGCGCCACCGCCGGGUGCACACAGGUGAGAAGCCCUAUAAGUGUCCCAACUGCGACAAGGCCUUCAAGCAACGUGAGCAUCUCAACAAGCACCAGGGCGUGCAUGCCCGAGAGCAGCAGUUCAAGUGUGUGUGGUGUGGUGAGCGCUUCCUGGACAUGGCCCUACUACAGGAACACAGUGCUCAGCAUAGUGCAGCCGCUGCUGCUGCUGAGGGUGCCUACCAGGUAGCUGCAUGCCUCCCCUAAGGCUGGGCACCACCCACCUGGCCCAGCCCAGCCUCACCUCCUUGCGGCUGCAUGGCACCAUCCCCCACCUAGCUCUAUGUCCUGUGGCCCCUGAGAGAGGACAGAAGGGUCCCAUGCAGGUGGGCAGUGUACCUGCUCGGUCACCCUGGCACCAGCCUGGCAGCAGAGGACCCAGAUUGCUGUGGCCAGUCCUAAUUCCAUAAACCCUUUUCCCAUCAUGGGAUUUACCCUCUGAGAGUAUCUACCUCUCUCAUCUCUGGGAGCCUGGAGUCCUAGGGGCAGUCAGGUGGCCCCUGUCUACUCCAGGGGUGGAGGUAACAAGUCAACCUCCCCAAAACUUUCAGCUUCUUAGAAGCCAGAUAGUCUGGAAGGAGGAGAGGGGUAUGGCAGUGCCUGGGACCCAGAGGUGGGCAGGUAAGGCAUCUCCUUCAAGUUGCUGUCUGGGGGAAGGAGGGCAGAUUGAAAGCUACAACCCUGUGUCCCAGCCAGGUUUUCUAAUAAAGAUGUACAGGGUAGGGAUCUCUGUUGCCUGGAGAGCAGGGGACUCAUAACAGGAGGUGCAAGCAGGUAUGACACCCUCAAUUAGGGACAGUGCAGUCCAUGGGAAAAGGAGAACAAAGUGGUUUGUGCCUGGGGCUAAUCAGGUACAGGUGCUUUGGAAGUACCCCCGCCACUUGGGCAGUAUGGGUCCAGUCUGUGGUGGGGGACAUGUCCCUGGCCAUGUAGAGCUGUCCAUGUGAAAGGUGAGGUUGGGAAGAGGUAGGGCCAAGCCCAUAAUCUCCCCAGCAGACAUAAAUACAUGUCCUCUUCCACAUUGUAUGAACCAAAGUGUUCAGGCUCAGAGGUGCCACAAUGCCAAGGCCAGGCCUGAGUACCCAUGGUGGGUGGGUACCCUCUCUGACUUCACAGUGCUCUCCUAGCCUGUGGUAACACCAUCCCUCUAUUAGUCUGGCUGUUGGCUUGACCUGACCUGAGGGAUCUCUGUUGCCAAAAUGCUCUCCCAUUAUCUGUUGCUUCAAAGCCAGAACAUUCUCCUUUGAGUCUUCCUAGAGUCCCCCAAGGACUCUGGCUGUCUACAAGGAGGGUCCUUAGAGAAGCAAAUCCAGGGUGUAGGGAACAGAAGCAAGAUGAUUUUGGAGUCCCAUAGGCAGUGUUCCUGGCAAGUGCAUGGUCAGCCAACAUUGCUGGACAGCCAGGGCCCUCCCCAGGAGUUCAGCCAACCUGCAGACCAUUCUAAACCCAGCUCUACCCCCAGCCCCAAUCCUCCCUGGUUGUGAAGAGUACACAGCAUGGGUGCAGUGGGAUGGGAAGAUGUGCCACUUCACCCGUAACUUCAGGAAGUCUGAACAGUCACAUCCACCUUUUCUGAGUUCUCUCCUGGGCCUGCGGAGGCGCUAGCUCUUCCUCAUUGCAGGUUCUUGUUCACAAUGCCUCAAAAGACUGGAAUCUAGGCUUGCAACAGUUCCAACAGCUAAUUUUUUUUCAUUUUGCUUUCUAAAAGCAGUUUGUUAUACUAUUCAUAACAUUGUAUAGUUUAAUUUCAUGUCAUUUUGGAUCUUAUACAUAAAUGUGAAUAUUGGGAUUUUUUAAUAAAAUGACUCCAUUUUAGGUAGCCACUUUUGAUGUUAAUAUAUAGAGUCCAAUGUAUGCUUUAGAAGUAAAGACAUUGACCAUCAUAGGC